UCAAGCAAAGAUAUGAAUAUCUAAUCAACUCUCAUUUAUCUUUUGAUAUUCCAAAAAGUAUCGGCUAAAGUUCAACAAAAACGCGAUUAUAAAUAAGCGCAUAAGUGAUACAAGUUUAGUUCCAAUGAUAUCUUCCAACUCUUCGUUUGUACAAUAAAAAUUCUUUCUGACUAAAAUGACGGUUCCUAACAAUAUGUCUAUGUUAACUGAAGACUCAAAAGACACUUUGAAAAGUUCAAAUGAAUAUAGAUACGUGAUGAUGUUCAAGAGCACAUUCGAGCGAGAAUUAUUUCCGAACAAUUUCGACAUGUGGACUGUACAACAGCAGUGCAUGUGGAUAAACGAUAACAUUGCCGCAUUCUUUUCAGACAUACCAAAAUCAUUGUUAGAUUUCAUUCCGGUCUUUUUUCGCCCCGGGGAUUGCCAGCCAACGAUGCUGAAUGUACCUGAAUGGUUAGACAUGGAUAAAUAUCGCAGGGGACAGAAAUUUGUGCGUGAAAAUUUUGCGUCACUUCUCAUUGGCAAAAUACUGGGCACUGUGCUUGUAUAUUCCUUCAAUGAGGGUCUAAAACCAUUGAUCAUAUCAAAGAGCUCUCAUACGCCAUACUUAGGGUUCAAAAGGUAUGUUUCGACCAUACAACGAAUAAUUAGUUGGUACAACGGAGAGCCUUGGAUUGAAGGAACGCCAGCCAGUAAAGACAUGGAAGUUUCCCGUAGAAUGCAUUUAAUGAUACAAUUAAAGUUGCUUGAGCUCAAUGACGAGCAAAUUGACAACAAGUCCAAAAUCGUGGAGCCUUGGUGCCCGGAUCGUGAGUUGUUUCUACAGGAUUUAGCCGUGGCGUGUCCACUUGAGAAAGACGGACAACGUUUUUACACCCUAAUUGACAAGUCGCCAUACAAGCCGAAAGGCGUAAAUAACGCGGACAUGGCAGGCAUACAGUUCGGUGUAAUAAGUUUAGUUUUGCUUUGUCCGCAAUUGAUUGGAAUGCAUAAUGCGACCGAUGAAGACGUCGAGGCUUUUUGCCACAUGUGGAGAUGUUACGGAUAUUAUCUCGGGAUGGAAGAUAGACACAACUUCUGUCGCGGCAGUCUCGAGGAAAUAAAGCAGCGUGCACGAGAUAUUUAUCAAUAUUGGUUAUUGCCUUAUCUUAAGGAAAUUACUCCCGAAUGGGAGCACAUGACGAGAUGUAUCAUCGAAUCAAUGAAUUAUGUUCCCUUGCUCUCUUUUGGUUUAAUGCCUUAUAAAUCGAUGAUGUUACUCGCUAUGGAUGCGUUAAAUAUAAAUAUGCCGCACUUGUAUGCGUCAAUGAGUUAUGCAGAAUGGAUUCUUUAUAAAAGCUGGAGAUUUACAUUGGGCUACGUUUUAAAAUUCUCAUGCUUCCGAGUAAUUUUUAAUAAAAUUGUCCUCAAAAUAUUUGUUCAAGCGAUGAAUUUCAGUCCAGAGGAAAAAGCUAAACUUAAAGAAAAAUCAGAAAAGCAGUUACCAAAUGUUUCUACUGUGGAUUAAUAGUGAAGCGAAAAUUUAAAUUGUAAUAAAUUUUGAAAAUACUAUAAUUUAAACAUGGUUUUUUUAUAUACGCUUUUUCACGAAUUGAUUAAGAAUAAAGCAUAUCACCAAUUUAUAAAAUACCUAA